AUGUUCUCAUAAGAAAUUCAAUAGCAUUCUAAAGAUAAAAUACUAAAGUAGGGGUAUGUUAAUUUUGGCUUAUCUCAAUCGUAAGAAAUUAAAAAAUUCUUAAAAGAAAUAAAUUCUUCGGAUCGUUUAACUUUUCCAGCAGAGCAUCUCAAAAAGGUUAAUAAUUAGGUUAUAAGGAUGAUUUAGAUAGUCUAUUCUUUGUAUUAGUCUCUUUGAGACAUUGUUGUUUUCAUUAAAAUUAACUCUAUGUAAUCUGCCAAGGUUUUUAAGACCUUCAAUAGGAUUUAUGAAUAUGGAUAUAACAAUUAUUGGAAAAAUGAAGACUUCUUUUUUUAACUCUAUGAAAUUAUCUAUAAAAUUCCAUCUAGAAUUUUCGAAAUUUGUUUCCCAUAUUGAUCUUCUCAAAAUUAUGAAAUGCCUGAUUACUCAUACAUAAAGGAUUCAUUUAUAAAAAUGUUCCUAUUUUCUAUGA